CGCGCGGUUCGGGCGAAACGCGUCGGCCCGUCGACGCACGCCGUGUGAUCGAUCGAUGCAUGGGCGGCGCUGGUGCUGUGCAUGCACUGUUCGAUCGGCUCCGAUCGUCGCGCGCGGUGUGGGCGGCUGAAUUUUCUGCGUCGACGCGCGCGCUGCCUGCGGCCGGACGGUGUCGUCGUGGUGGCCGUCGUAGGAGGAGGAGGAGGAGAUGAAGGACGGCGGCGGCGUGGCGACGGUGGUGCCGAGGCUGGCGGUGUACGGCGGAGGGCGGGUGCACGAGAUCGAGAGGUUCUCGCACUACGUCGCUAAGCAGAUAGGGUUUGAGGAUGGGAAUGAGUGUCCGCACCUUUGUACACUCGCUUACGAUUAUCUGAAGAAGAGCCAGGGUUAUGAACAAAACCUAUUGGCAUUCUUCCAUAACAAAAUAAACUCGGACGCUCUGCUCGUGCUAUUGAUCGAGGAGCUAGACAAAUGUAUACUCGGGUACUUCUCCUUCCAUUGGAAAUGUGCCACUCAAGUAAUCACACAGGUUCUAACAGCAGAGCAGCCCAGAAGAAAGCUGAAAAGCAUGGUACUAGAGGCCACUAGAAAGAUGAGGUUUGAGAGGGUGACAAGGGAGCUGAAGGUGACAAGGCUGUUCUCCACGCUGGUGGAGGAGCUGAAGGUCAUCGGGGUCUGCUGCAACGACGGCCAGCUACGCAACGCCGGCGCCGACGUGAUGGUCCCGGCGGCUCACCAAGACCGCAGCCCGGUCCUGCUCCUGAUGGGCGGCGGCAUGGGCGCCGGCAAGAGCACCGUGCUCAAGCAGAUCUUGAAGGGGGCGUUCUGGUCCGGCGCGGCGGCGCACGCCGUCGUGGUGGAGGCCGACGCGUUCAAGGAGUCGGACGUCAUCUACCAGGCCAUCAGCUCGCGCGGCCACCACAACGACAUGCUGCAGACCGCCGAGCUGGUGCACCAGUCGUCGACCGACGCGGCGGCAUCGCUGCUGGUGACGGCGCUGAACGAGGGGCGCGACGUGAUCAUGGACGGCACGCUGUCGUGGGAGCCGUUCGUGCAGCAGACGAUCGCCAUGGCGCGGUCCGUGCACCGGCAGCGGUACCGCAUGGGCGUCGGCUACAAGGUCGCCGCCGACGGCACCACCACCGAGCAGUACUGGGAGCCGGUCGACGGCGCCCCCGAGCCGAGCGGGCGGAGGCCCUACCGCAUCGAGCUCGUCGGCAUCAUCUGCGACGCCUACCUCGCCGUCGUCAGGGGGAUCAGGCGAGCUAUCAUAUCGGGGCGAGCCGUGCGGGUGAACUCGCAGCUCAAGUCGCACAAGCGGUUCGCCGGCGCGUUCCGGGAGUACUGCGACCUCGUCGACAGCGCCAGCCUCUACAGCACCAACACCAUCGCCGGCGCAAAGUUGAUAGGGUGGAAGGACUCGGAGAGCAGGCUGCUGGUGGACGAGGAGGAGAUCGUGCUACUGGACAGGGUGAGCAGGAUCAACGAGGAGGCCAACGGCGUGCACGAGCUGUACCCGGACGGCCAGCCGACGGACGGCGCCGGGUCGGUGUGGGAGGAGCUGGUGGCGUCGCCGGCGAGGGCCGCCAUACAGCGGGAGCUCAGGGAGGCCAUCCUCGACAGCGAGGCGUGCUUCCCGUCGCCGUAGCACACACACAAAAAACAACAACAUGCAUGAUGCUUGUGUACGUAUAUAUAUCUUCGUGUGGCACGAUCUUACGUGUCGUGGUGACGUAGUAGGCUAGGCUGAUCUCUUUGUUUCACUGCACCAAACAA